AUGGCUUCUCUACGGAACGCCGCCAUUGCAUUCAUUGCUUCGCUCCCUUGUCGAGCCCUGGCUUCCAAUAUCAUCGACAACAAUGCUUCACCACCAAAUUUAUCGACGGUGUUCAAUAACAGCAUCUUCUACACAUGGCGACCACGAUCGCACGUACUACCACCUUCUGGCCAGAUUGGCGACCCUUGCAUGCAUUACACAGACCCAACCACUGGUCUCUUCCAUAUCGGCUAUCUACACAACGGCGCAGCAGGAGCAAAAACCAGUGACCUGAUUACUUGGACCGAUGUUGCUGAGGACCCAACGUUCAUUCGAGCCGGUGGUAUCAACGACCCAGUCGCUGUGUUUGACGGCUCUGUGAUACCGUAUGGCAUCAAUGGAACUCCUACUCUGCUUUACACCAGCGUUAGCUAUCUGCCUAUCCAAUGGACGGUUCCAUAUACGAAAGGAUCGGAGACGCAGAGUCUAGCUGUCACAUAUGACGGUGGAGCGAACUUCACAAAGCUGGAGGAAGGUCCCGUCAUCCCUGGUCCUCCAUUCCCGGUUACGAAUGUGACUGGCUUCCGUGAUCCAUAUGUUUUCCAGAGUCCUCAGCUAGACGCAGCAGCAAUCAGCCCGGAAGGGACAUGGUAUUCCGUCAUCAGUGGAGGUAUCCACGGCCAAGGACCAAGCCAAUUCCUGUUCCGCCAGUAUGACGCCGAUUUUCGUGAUUGGGAGUACCUGGGCGAAUGGUGGCGGGAGGAAGCAAAUUCGUCAUGGGGCGACGGGACGUGGGCUGGGCGCUGGGGCUUUAACUUCGAGGUCGGCAACGUCUUUGCCCUCGACACCGAAGGCUACAAUGCAGAAGGCGAAGUGUUCACGACACUUGGUGCAGAGUGGUCCGAGGUACCGAUUAUUCCACAGGUAUCGCAAUUCCGCGAAAUGCUCUGGGCCGCAGGAAACAUCACUACAUCUUCCAACGGUAGUGUACACUUCGACCCGACGAUGGCUGGCAAGCUCGACUGGGGUCAGUGGGCAUAUGCGGCAGCUGGGAAGCUACUUCCAGCCAACUCAUCAACUUCGACGUCCAGCGGUACUGCCAAUGAUCGUUUUAUAAGCUACCUCUGGCUCACCAACAACAAUUUCGGCACUAGUGCCUUUCCGACUAUGCCUCAGGGUUGGAACUCUGUCUUGACCACAACCCGGGAGUUAGCGCAAGGGACGAUCGGCAAUGUUAUCGACAACGAGCUGGUCAAUGAGACGGCCUCGUGGCGUGUGGGCAGCCGAGACACUGCCACUCGAACAGUCGAGCUCAUUACGCUCAGGCAGACCAUUGCUAGGGAGAUUCGGGCUGCUUUCGUGUCAAACGCUACCAGGACGUUCUCACAGUCUGGCCGUUCGGUUUCGAAUUCCACCUCAAGCUAUAGUAACAGCAAUGCAUCGAGUCUCGCCUUUCAACAGAGUCCGAUCAGCAAAUUUUUCAUGAUGACGGCUUCGAUCGCCUUCAGCUCGUCUGCACGGGGUUCUGGUGAUCUGAAAGCAGGUUUCAAGAUCUUGGGCUCAGAGUAUGAAUCUACCGCAAUCUACUACCAGUUCUCAAACGAAUCUCUCAUCGUGGACCGAUCGAACUCCAGCGCCGCAGCACUCACCACUCCAGGACUUCUAGCGAACAACGAGGCAGGUCGUCUGAGGCUGUUCGACAUUGCCAACGGAAGCAACUCUUCGUCGAUCGAGACUCUGAAUCUUACUAUCGUCGUCGAUAACAGCGUUGUGGAGAUCUUCGCAAACGAUCGAUUCGUGCUGAGUACCUGGAUCUGGUCAUGGUAUGAUGAGAGCACACAGAUCAGCUUUUAUCACGAAGGAUCCGGAGAUGUUUCGUUUGGUAAUGUUACGGUCUACGAAGGACUGGUGGACGCAUGGCCUGAACGAGUAUACUAG